CAGAUUGCGCUGACUUUAAAGAAAGUGAGAAAGAAGAAGAAGAAGGAGAAGAAGAAUAGAGUAGUUAGGGUCUGAGAAUUUCGGAGAGGGAUGGCGUCGGCGAAACCGAAGCGGGAGUUCCCGGCUAUAGCAAAAUGCAACGGCUCGACGGCGACGUCGUACGAGUCCAUAGCCGCCGACCUCGACGGCACUCUUCUAAUCUCCAGAAGUUCCGUGCCUUACUUCCUGCUCGUCGCCAUCGAGGCUGGCAGCCUACUCAGAGGGCUCGUCCUCCUCCUGUCCCUUCCGCUUGUAAUCGUCGCUUACCUCUUCAUUUCGGAAGCCAUCGGCAUCCAAAUCCUCAUCUUCAUCUCCUUCGCCGGAGUCAAAAUCCGGGACAUUGAACUCGCUUCACGGGCCGUUCUUCCUCGGUUUUACGCUGCCGAUGUGAGAUCGGAAAGUUACGAGGUGUUUGAUCGAUGCAAAAGGAAGGUGGUGGUGACGGCAAAUCCGACGGUGAUGGUGGAGCCGUUCGUGAGGGAUUUUCUCGGCGGUGACAAGGUUCUGGGAACAGAGAUUGAAGUGAAUCCAAAGACGAAGAAGGCUACGGGGUUCGUGAAGAAGCCUGGUGUGCUGGUGGGGAAACUGAAGAAGCUCGCGAUUUUGAAGGAGUUCGGCGACGAGUCGCCUGAUAUUGGGAUCGGAGACCGUGAAUCGGACCACGAUUUCAUGGCUAUUUGCAAGGAGGGCUACAUGGUGCACCCUAGCAAAACUGCCAAAGCAGUGCCAUUGGAAAGUCUCAAAAGUCGCCUCAUCUUCCACGACGGUCGCUUAGUGAAGCGCCCAACGCCACUUAACGCCAUCUUAACCUACCUAUGGCUCCCAUUUGGCUUCAUACUCUCCCUCAUCCGCGUCUACUUCAACCUCCCUCUCCCGGAACGCAUCGUUCGUUACACCUACGAACUCCUCGGCAUCAGGCUCGUCAUCCGUGGCAACCGCCCUCCUCCACCGUCCCCAGGCACUCCCGGCAACCUCUACGUCUGCAACCACCGCACCGCCCUCGACCCCAUCGUCAUCGCCAUCGCCCUCGGACGCAAAGUUUCCUGCGUCACCUACAGCGUAAGUAAGCUCUCAAGGUUCCUCUCUCCAAUCCCAGCCAUCGCUCUGACCCGAGAUCGCGCGGCCGACGCUGCACGCAUCGCCGAGCUCCUCCAGAAAGGUGACCUGGUGGUGUGCCCGGAAGGGACCACGUGCCGCGAGCCUUUCUUGCUGCGUUUCUCUGCGUUGUUUGCAGAGAUGAGCGACAGGAUCGUGCCGGUGGCAGUAAAUUGCAAGCAGAGCAUGUUCUACGGGACCACUGUGCGUGGGGUCAAGUUCUGGGACCCCUACUUCUUCUUCAUGAACCCAAGGCCCGUCUAUGAGGUGACGUUCCUUGAUCGGCUGCCGCAGGAGAUGUCGUGUAAGGCCGGAGGGAAGUCGUCGAUUGAGGUGGCUAAUCACGUGCAGAAGGUGCUGGGUGAUGUGCUGGGGUUUGAAUGCACCGGCUUAACCAGGAAGGAUAAGUACUUGCUGCUUGGAGGGAAUGAUGGCAAGGUGGAGUCCAUGCACAACACCAAGAAGUGACAUGUCGUUCGAAUCUAAUAAAGCUACUGUGCUUAUUUCAGAUUCAUAAAGAAUGGAGUCAAUUGGUCCUGUACGUUGUUGCUGAACACUCGUGUAGGCGUUUUUACCCCCCCUUUUUUUCCCCCUCUUCUUGUUUUUAAAGAGUUUUAGCUGCCACUUACUACUCGCUAUAUUGAUUGAAGUGUUCCGAAUGUAUUUCUAAACCUGGUAGGUUUUUUUUUUCAAAAAAAAAAAAUCGGUGGAUUAUCGAUUUAUCAUUGAUUUGAUGCGUUGCUUUAAUUUGUCA